UAGACUUUUGUUGACAUGAGACGAUUCAUUGAAAAUAAUUCCAGCACAUGAACAUCAGAAAAGUGUAAACCUCACUUACGACACAGUUAUGGAAGUGAUAUCUUUAAAUACAGACUGGCGUGGUGGAAACGGGGAACAAACUGUCGGCAUGGACGGGUCAUUGCCCCCGCUUGGCAAUAUUAUAUCUGUACCUAAGGACCAUGCUAGAGCAAGUCAUGAUUCCGUGGCCAUCAAUCUUCCGGCAGCGAACGUGUCUCAGAAAGUCUCCGCUGGAAACAAUACGCUGCAGACGCCAAGAGGACCAGGACAAAGCAUCGCCAAGUCUACAAUCCAAGACACGGCAACACGCGUAAAAAUUAACUACCUUGCGCGCGACAAGGCCCUAUCAAUUUUACAGCAAUACAAUUCUAUUGUGGCAGAUGACACGUCGCUCGCAGUAAGGAAUCUUCCACCUGUUAAAGUUUCCAUUCGCGCCAAAGGUUCCAAGGCGGACAGACGUCCAUCGGAUAAGGCCGCCGCCAAUAAGCCUGCAGCUCCUGUGUUCACGGAGGGUAUCAGCUCAAUAAGUACCCGGCAGGGACCCUCCUUCCUUGUUUCAAAAGAAAGUGUUUUACAUGCAAAUCUUCCAGAUGCCGUUUCACUAGCUCAGCAUAAUAAUCAAUUUGCAUUUAACAUCAAACAGAAGCGACGGAAGCCCGUAGUUAAGGAUGGAGGGGUUUCUACCCAAUACAAACAGUUAAAGAUGCUUGGAAUGGACAGUCUUCCUCUUGUUGACCUUGGAGCGUACAUGAGGAAACAACUACUUCAGAAAAAAAGUGGCGGGAAAGGUGAGGGCCAACAGGUUGAUAUGUCUGGUAGGUCAAGUUACGGCCCCUCGCCAACACGUAGGCUUGAUAGACCAAGUGUAGGGUCGUCGAUUAGUGCAACUCCGGACACGCUUCGAAAUGGACGACAGGCACUGAAAACCUCGUUAAAAGCAAAAGUUGACACAAGACUAAAGCGUAAAAUCCCGGCUAAAGUGACCUCGACUUACCAAGGAAGUGACUAUCGUGCAGACAGACUCAACAUUGUGUCUCUCGGACAAAGUCAGCCACGACAUCUUGACAAUCACAGUCCGAGGCGGUUCGUUCAAGGGUCCUAUCCCCAGUAUGACUGGCGGGCUCGUGUUCACGAGGAAGACAGAAGGCUUAGGUUUGUGCCGGUAGACCCGUCCCUUAACGGCGUGUGUAGUAUGGCUCCAAUCAAGGUAGGACUUCAUCAUCAGCAACUUCCUCCACUUAAUUUUGCUGACGAUGUUCCAAAACGUUUCACUUCGUAUGAUGGGGUACGGCGAAUAUUUCGUGAUGACGAUAAGGCCAAUCAUUUGUUUUACAGAAAGAGUCUAUACAAUCGAGUCGUGGGUCGUGCGACGUCCGCUAAUAGCACGAGUACCAGCACGAGUAACUCUAAUAAUGUGAACAAUCCACCCCCUUCAUUUGUGUCUAGCAGCGACGAGGAAACCUUGCCAAAACCCGUGGAAAGUGUUCGUGAAAUGCAGCCUGUAAAAGAGGAAAACCUGUCCGUGGUGGGUGAAAAUGGGAUAGGUGCAACGCCAACAUCAAAACCUACUGAUUUGUUGAAAACGAGAAAGGAAAAUACACAAAAUACACCAGUAUUGACACCGAGGGAAAUAGUAGAGAAAAAUCGAGUAGCUAAACCCAGAAAGCACCCCUCUGUCGGAAAAGUCGUUAACUUAGGGACGGACCUAGCUCCUAAUACGUCGGACAGUAAAGGUUUACUAGUACCCCCGGGAGGACCUCUCCAAUCUACAGGGGGUAAUGGUUUCCUGUCACUUCCGAUCUCACGUUUAGUGGACGAGUCACGCCCCCCAAUUAUUGGUAACAGUGAGAUAAAAUCCAAACGAAGCGGGGGAGAGGAAGAUUCAAUGUACAGUGAUCCUUCAGUGGACUCUGGUUCACAGAAAGUGAAAGUACACACAGUACAGCUCAUGCCGGACAAUAUGCCAGUCAGGCCCAAUGUGACGUCAGUCACCCCGGUCAUCAGUGUCACGAGUGAUUCAGGUGUUAAUGAGCCCGUUGUGUUCAGAGACUCCGACUCGGAAGACUCUUUUGGCGCGUACAAUCGAAAACUGACGCUCCCUAGUAAAAACGUGCAGUUUGUGUCUCCUCUAAAUCGUGAAAAACAAAAUGCUAAAAGACAAUAACGGUUUGUGUGACAAUGUAAUCAAUUCAAAAGUGAGCAGUGAUUAAAAAUUGUGUUUUGAGGGUAAAGAUGGAUCAUCUCGUGAUAAUUCGAAAGGAAUUAUGCCGCGUUCUAAACUUGGUAAGGUUACUAUUAAACAUGUUUUCACGAUAAAGUCUGUUAAAGGAGUACAAUAUGUUUGAUAUCAGACAACAUGACUACAGAUGUAUAACAAAAAGUAUUAUAAUGUACAAGUAUUCCUCGAAUCAAAAUCCUCAACGCCAGACAGGGACUCUCAUGUGUUACAAUAAAAUAAACAGACUAUUAAAGAUUUAGAAAAAGUACUAGUUAUGCAUAGCAGUACCGAACGGAAAAUAUAGUCAUUUUGAAUAGAGGGAAAUGUGGGUUUUUAAGUUCUAGUAUUAAUCAUAAGCAUAAUUAUAAAAAAGGUCAAUAAUUUACAAAAUUAUUAUCCGUGGUUAAAGGGCCUUUGCAACCAGCCCAUAUCUUUCUCAACUCCCUGGGGAGCAUAUAGUAUUGUGUCGUUAGAGCCAUGAAGCGAUCUUUAUAUCAGAACAUUCUUGUUAGAUCCCAAAUGGAAGUCUAUACAAAUGUAUUCGUAUAAACAAUACAUAUGACUUUAUAUGCAUAUAAUUAUUAAUAAAGUGGUCAAGGGGUCACUAAAAUUGGGGCUCAGUUAAAGACAUAUUGGUAUUCCUAUUGUUAACAAUCAAUCCGAAUUAACUGUAAGUUAUAAAAGCUUUAAAUGAAACAUGGUCCUAAUGUUUGUAUUGAAAGCCCAUUUCAUAACAGAGGUCCAUCAUGUCUAAUUUUUUUAUAAAAGCAUUAAAAUAUCUUUGUACUUAUUAGGAUUGGUGUCGGAGUAAUAGAGUCAUAAAUUGAAAGGAAAAAAACUAAGCAUAACCGAUAUUUCAAAAUUAGUGUGAGCUUUCAGAUUGU